CAGAAAGUUCAAGUACAUGUAAUGAUAGUAGUUUGCUGCUGGGAGAGCAAAAACAUGGAAGAUUGGAUGGACAUACCUGACAUCCAUCAUAAUAAGUGCCGACAUCAGGAUGAUUGCAUUAGAGGAUAGGAUCAGCCAUGUCACCAUUUCUUCGGAUUGGUUUGUCCAACUUUGACUGUGGGACCUGCCAGUCUUGUCAGGGUGAGGCCCUGAACCCCUACUGUGCUGUUCUUGUCAAAGAGUAUGUUGAAUCAGAAAAUGGGCAGAUGUACAUCCAGAAAAAGCCAACCAUGUACCCACCCUGGGACAGCACCUUUGAUGCCCACAUCAACAAAGGAAGAGUGAUGCAGAUCAUUGUGAAGGGUAAAAACAUGGACCUCAUAUCGGAAACGACCGUGGAGCUCUACUCGCUGGCCGAGAGAUGCAGAAGGAACAAUGGGAGGACAGAAAUAUGGUUAGAGCUGAAACCUCAAGGCCGAAUGCUAAUGAAUGCAAGAUACUUUCUGGAAAUGAGUGACACAAAGGACAUGAGUGAAUUUGAGAAUGAAGGAUUCUUUGCCUUGCAUCACCGCCGAGGAGCCAUUAAACAGACCAAAGUCCACCAUGUCAAAUGCCAUGAGCUCACAGCCACCUUCUUCCCUCAACCCACAUUUUGCUCUGUCUGCCAUGAAUUUGUCUGGGGGCUGAACAAACAGGGCUACCAGUGUCGACAAUGUAAUGCAGAGAUUCACAAGAAGUGUAGUGGCAAAGUGAUAGCCAAGUGCACAAGAUCAGCUGUCAACAGCAGGGAGACUAUGUUCCACAAGGAGAGGUUCAAGAUUGAUAUGCCACACAGAUUCAAAGUCUAUAACUACAAGAGCCUGACCUUCUGUGAGCACUGCGGGACCCUGCUGUGGGGACUGGCAAGGCAAGGACUCAAGUGUGAUGCAUGUGGCAUGAACGUCCACCACCGAUGCCAGACAAAGGUCGCCAACCUCUGUGGGAUAAACCAGAAGCUAAUGGCUAAAGCGCUAGCAAUGAUUGAAAGCACUCAGCAGGCUCGCUCCUUAAGAGAUCCAGAACACAUCUUCCGAGAAGGUCCAGUUGAAAUAGGUCUCCCAAGCUCCAUCAGAAAUGAAGCUAGGCCACCUUACUUACCGACCCCUGGGAAAAAAGAGCCUCAGGGGAUCUCCUGGGAGUCCCCUUUGGAUGGGGUGGAUAAAAUGUGCCAUCCUCCUGUACCGGAAGUGAACAUUGAAAGAGUGUCUCUGCAAGUGAAACUGAAAAUUGAUGAUUUCGUCCUUCACAAAAUGUUGGGGAAAGGAAGUUUUGGCAAGGUCUUCCUAGCAGAGUUCAAGAGAACCAAUCAAUUUUUCGCAAUAAAAGCCUUAAAGAAGGAUGUGGUUUUGAUGGACGAUGACGUUGAGUGUACUAUGGUGAAGAAGAGGGUUCUGUCCUUGGCCUGGGAGCAUCCGUUUCUGACACACAUGUUCUGCACAUUUCAGACCAAGGAAAACCUCUUUUUUGUGAUGGAGUAUCUCAACGGAGGAGACUUAAUGUACCACAUCCAAAGUUGCCACAAGUUUGAUCUUUCCAGAGCCACGUUUUAUGCUGCUGAAAUCAUCCUUGGCCUGCAGUUCCUUCAUUCCAAAGGAAUUGUCUAUAGGGACCUGAAGCUAGAUAAUAUCCUGUUAGAUAGAGAUGGACAUAUCAAAAUAGCGGAUUUUGGGAUGUGCAAGGAGAACAUGCUGGGAGAUGCGAAGACAAAUACUUUCUGUGGGACUCCUGACUACAUCGCCCCAGAGAUCUUGCUGGGUCAAAAAUACAACCAUUCCGUUGACUGGUGGUCCUUUGGUGGUGUUCUUUACGAAAUGCUGAUUGGCCAGUCACCUUUCCACGGGCAAGAUGAAGAGGAGCUUUUCCACUCCAUCCGCAUGGACAAUCCCUUUUACCCACGAUGGCUGGAGAAGGAGGCCAAGGAUCUCUUGGUGAAGCUUUUUGUGAGAGAACCUGAAAAGAGACUGGGUGUGCGAGGAGACAUCCGCCAGCAUCCCUUGUUCCGGGAGAUCAGCUGGGAGGAACUUGAGAGAAAGGAGAUUGACCCGCCCUUCAGGCCAAAAGUGAAAUCACCGUAUGACUGUAGCAAUUUUGACAAAGAAUUCCUAAGUGAGAAACCCCGGCUAUCAUUUGCCGACAGAGCGCUCAUCAACAGCAUGGACCAGAACAUGUUCAGGAACUUUUCCUUCAUUAACCCAGGGAUGGAGAGUCUCAUCUCGUCCUGAACCUUGUCUCUCCCUGGGACCGAGGGGAUUUGCCUUCUUUCUGGGGACUGGUUCAAGCAACACUCUUGGAUCCCUUUUUCAAGUUGAGAAAAAAGUAGAAACACUCAACAACAAAGGCCAAGACCUUUUAGUUCUUCACACGACUUUUCAUUUGUAGCAGAAACCAAAUCUACUUCACUAAUGACGUCACCCUGUUUGAUCUCCUGGCAUCUUUCACAGCAGCUCUUGAAUUUAGAUUGUAAUUAACCCUAGUUAUUUACUUGAAAGAUUGUUCUCGACACUGUGAAAGAUUUGAAAUGUAAUCCUGCUCUAAAUUAUGGCUCUUCCUGUGGAGACAAACUGUUCAUCGAUGAUGAAUCAAAGAGCAAGUGGGACAAACUUCUCAAGACCAGAACAGACCAUUGCCUGGUGCAGACGUGGGUGCCCCUCAUCCACAGAGAAUGAGCCACUAACCCACUUUGUUCUGUGUGUGUCUGUGGAAAUGUAAAUGGUUUGAGGGAGGGACAAAGGAGGCCCUGAACAGGUGGUUACAGGAUUCUCUACAAUGAAGGUAGCUUGGAACUUGAAAUUUACAAAUAUAUUCACUCUGGCUAGCCCUGAAAUUCACAAGAAAAAGUAAAGUAAGAAGCAAAUGAACAGAGCUCAUGUCACCAAUAGGUAAAGUUAACUAGCACACCUAUGCUGGGUAGCUUGUCCACACAGAAAGGAAGUAUAUACCCCAACAAAGGCAAGAUUGUUAUUACUGCCAGUCAGACCUGGCUUCCCAUGUGUUCUCAGUUGAUUUUCUUAGAAGUGUAGUCACUCAUUACAUCCUCUUACCACAACAAAAAUGAGGUGUGUAAUUCUUCUAAGAUAAAAGCCAAUCAAUCCCUUAUCAUGCUGUUCCCAAUGAUUGAUGACAAGUAAGUCCCUCUUUAGGCAUCGUGCAAGAUAAACGACCCGUGCAUGCAUGCUCUUUGCAGUAGUCAAUCCUGUUGAAUUAGUUCUAACUAUACAUUUAAAGUAUCUGUGCUGUUUGUAUAUUUUGGUAAAAUGUUGUGACAAUGACAAAGAGGUGGAUGUGUAACAAUAGAAAGAAGAAAAAACAAA